AUGUCCGGUCAUCAAUUAUGCGAACAUCUGCAGUCAGCACCACCACACCCGCUCGAUACCCGCUCACCACCCGCCGCAAUACUAUCGAUCCUCCUGCAUGUGUCGGGCACUAACACAACAUAUUCCAACACCGCCCUCCUGCCAUUUUCUAAUUUCAGCCAAAUAAUCUCACCUUCCACGUUGUCAUCUUCCAAAUUCAUCCACGUUUUGAUAUGCGGUCGCGGACCGAGCAUCUGGGGGCACGCAGCGGCGGCGCUCGGACGCCUAACUUUAACCACUUUAAUCUCGAGACCGUCUUUCGCCUCCUUCCAAAUGCCCGUAGAAGACGCGAAGAAGGUUUCUGCUGCUCGGCUCGCGGUCCUGGAUAUUGCUGCGUCCAAGCGCCCACGAGCUAUUUCGGCCUUUACCCAGCCCAAGCAUGUGCGGCGACGAAGUGCUCGUUCCGCGAUGGCAAAUUCGAGUAGAUACGAAAUAUCCCACGUCGCUGCUUUUCGAGCAGAAAACGAGGCCAAGAAGGUUCUUUUUCGUAUGCAGGGUCGCAUGUUUAGGGGUCCUGAGCUGAGGAGGGAAAAGGUUUGUAUCCGCUUCCGCGACACGACGAGCAUCCACGAAUCACGUCUGCUCUAUUUCAUCCCUUUCUCGCGGCUUCCAUGGCGGCGAGGUAUCAUCACCCUUGACUCGUGCUUGCUUCCACCUGGCUUCUGCGGCGCGCCGCCGUCGUGUGAAGAAUCUUCUCUUGCGUGA